AUGCCGUCACACGUCUCCGACACCCCUGCCUCUCCGAGCAUCCCCGAGACCGCAACCGUCUCGACGACCACGUCCUCUCCACAAACCCUCUCCAAAUACAAGCGCGGCCGCUCCGACCUCUCCCUCUCCCAGGCCGAGGACUUUUCCCCGUCAGGCGGCGUCUUCCAGUUCUUCGGACACUUGGUUCGCUAUGGCCGGUGGAGGAAACGCGGCCGCAAGCCAAGCCAGGACGACGGUCGGAACGUGCGACCAAGACAAGAGUCCCCGCCUCGGCUGCCUGAAUUAGCGCUGGACGAGCAGAAGAUCGAGCUGCCUGCCACGCAGACGUUUGAUCCCAUCACCGCUCAGACCAAGAGCUGA